UAAUUUUAAUUUAACGUUCUCUCUCAAUUUUUCGGAAUCUGGUUUUUACGGUUAUUAGAAUUUAGCAGUUUAGGUGCUUUAUGAUCAAUAUCGUCAGAUGCAAACUUGAGGGUAGGAAGUAGGAACGAUAUUUAGUGUCAGGAACCAUGACGUAUCAGCACGGAACGGGUAAGGCGGGCAGUUUAAACUAGCGGAUGUGACGUUGUUUAGGACAAUAACUCCCUUUUUAAGGUUGGCAUGGCUUUCUGGUGAUAAACAAAACGUACGACAUGGAUUUGGUCUCCUGUCGGAGCUUCUUGGCUUUCUGGGAAAUGUCUCUUAGUACAUUUUGAAGAAGAUGAAGAGGAAAGUGGCUAAACUGAGACUGAGCCCUAACGAAGAGGCUCGGAUAAUACGAGAGGAGCAUGAGAGGAGGAGGAAGCUGCGGAUUCAACAGGUGCGGGAGCAGCAGCGGUAUAUCUCGCUACAGAUCUGCAGAGAGGUGGAGCGCAGGCGGCAGCGUGAGCUGGAGCAGCUGGAGAAGGACCUGAGGGAGGACUGGGAGCGGCAGCAGAGGGACAAACUUCACACCCUGCAGACAUUAUACCAGGAGAGCCUCCAGCUGCUUGGCCAGGGACACAGGAGUGCAAAAGAAAAUGAACCCGACUUGGAAGCCAUAGCUCAGAGGGAGGAGGAAAAUAACGUCAAAGCAGAGGAGCGUUACCGGGAAGCCAUGAAGGAGCUCAAAACACAGAGGCUUAAAGACCAUGAGGGGCAAAGCCGAUCCACCAUGGCCAGGAAGAAGGCACUACAGACAGAAAAGGAAAGAUCAGCUAAAGUGGCCAGUCUCCCUAAGCCCCCCCCACACCCAAUUCAGAGCAUUGAUUUCAAGAAGCCACAUGUAGUGAAGAAAUCUGAUGUGAGUGCUUUCGCAGCCACGCAUUAUCAUAUGCCUGACAGCACAGUGGACAGAGAGGCAGACACAGAGCAGCCCAGUGCCCAUGAGGGAGCUGAGCUGGAGGUGAGGAGGCUGCAGGAUUUAAAGAAGGAGGAAAUGAGGAGGCGAGAGGAGCAGCUGGAGAAGGCUCGUCUCAGAGGGAAGCAGGCGCUGAGGAGGGAACAUCUGGAGCAGGAUCGAGAGCGCUUGCUUGUUGAACUGGAGCACAUGCAGCAGACAGACCUGCUCAGGAGGAGGCAGCAGGUUUUCCAGAUGCCUGCUCAGAUCUUCCAGCCUCUCUAUAAGAGACAGGAGACAGCAGAGGACUACCAGAGGGAGAUGGAGUUUGCCUUUGAGGACAUGUACACAGGAGAGAGGAGGGUUAAAGGAGACCUGGUGGUGCAGCUGGUUCCAGAGCCUCUGCCGGCUCUGUCCACAGGGAGCCAGGACCAGGAGCUGGACGUCACGCAGGAUGAAAUCCCCCCACAAGGAGCAGGAACCACACAAUAUGACCCCGAGCAGGAAACAUCCGUUCAAGUGGAGCCCUUCAAGCCUGCUCCUAGACGGGCGUUAAGGAAGCUCUUGGAUCGUAUCAGGAACCAGAGGAACCAUUGGACUGAGCAGAACUCUCAUGUUCCUGCAGCCGAACCACCGACCUCCAUCACAGAUCAGAUCCCAGAGCGGGACACCACCAUCGACACAGGCUCUCUGAGCAGCGAGGAGAAACACAGCCUGGAGCCUGCCCCCUCCCCACCAGCGUUGAAGACAACGGAGCCGCCAGCUGCAGCAGAAACUCAACUUCCAGAUGUACUUGCCAACAGAAUAAAACAGUUUGAAGAAGAACGAAAGAAAAGGGAUGAGGAGCUCGAGAGAGAGAAGCAGCAGCAGGUGGUUUUGCUCCAGGAGCUUGAAGAGCAGAAAGCCAAAUUGGAGCAGAUGCUGCAUGAGGCUCAGCAGGAGAGAGAAGAGCUGAAGGCUGCUGUGACCCAGGAGGCUCCUAUCAACCAACCAGAAGUACCCGUCCAUGAGCAGGAAGCCCCCUCUGUCCCUCCUGAGCUGGUGCCUCCUGCAGGUGAAGAUGAGCACACCAGAAGGAUCAGAGAGUACCAACAGCGACUGCUGCAGCAAAACAGCCUUCACCAGAGGUCAGUGGAAGUGGCCCGUCAGCGCCUAGAGGAAUACCAGCGAGCUCUACGGAUUCGCUACAACAUGACCCCCACAUCUUUACUGCCCGCUGCAGUGCCUCCAGGCCUCUUUCCCCCCCCUCUGCACGGUGUUCAGUCUGUGCAUCCUCCAGCUCCUCUGCAGCUCCCUACACCUCCGGCCUCGCAGGCAUACAUCCACGCCAAAGCACUAACCCCUGUGGAAGUUCCCACAAGAGAGUCGGACAUGUUAGCUUCACAUUCACAACCUCCUAGCUCAAAUAUAAGCUCUGCCUCCAAGUUGGUGCCAGAUGAAGUUGAAUAUAUUUCAAGCAAUCCCAGGAACCAGAAGUUCACUGCCUGGCUGACAGACAACAUCAUGGAGAGAGUCACAGGGCAUCUCACAGAGAGAGUGAGAGCAACACGUCACUCAGCCAGCAUCACACUGCAGCCAACCUCUGAUCCAAUCCAAGGCAGUAGCUCCAUCAUCUCCUCUGGUGCACCUCUGGCUCCAGUUCCAGAAACUGUUAGGCCUGUGACUCUGCCACACUGUUCCCUACGGACCGGGUCCCUGAGCUCCACAGAGGACGACAGGAUGGAGAGGCAGAGACCAGAGCUGCAGGAGGUCCAGAGACCAGAGCUGCAGGAGGUCCAGAGACCAGAGCUGCAGGAGGUCCAGAGACCAGAGCUGCAGGAGGUCCAGAGACGGCUGCUGGAGCAGAGGGAGGAGGUGGCGCUGCAGCAGAGGCAGCAGGAGGAGGAGAGGCGACAACAGGAAGUGGAGAUGGAGCAGAUGAGGCGGCAAAAGGAGACGUUGCAGGCUCUCAUUCAAACUGAAGAACAACCACUCCCAGAGGCUGCCAGAGGAGUUUUGGAUUCAGAGAGCAUCAGGCAGACCCGUCUCAAGUUACUUGCCUCCCUGCUGAGAGCUAUAGAGGAGACUAACGGAGGAACUUUAUCCCACCUUGAAGACCCUCAGGAUGAAGAUGGCUUCUCCCUCUAUCUCAUGGCUCAGAGUGAUGCUCCUGCUGCCCCAGCAUCUGCCCCCCCCUCAGGACUCCUCCCUCCUCCACGAGCAGCAAAGCCCCCCGUGACCCGUGUCAGGCUGAGCAUCAUGGAGAUGAUGACUGAACAACAUGAGCUUAGUGCUAUUCAAGAAGUGGAGACGUCAGUCAACACCAGCCAAUCAAAAGGUCCUGAGAGUAGUGUACCAGCUCCUUCACACUCUCUGCACUGGGAUCUGCAGGAGGACUAUGAAGCGUCGGUGGUCUCUGACAGGGAUCUGCAGACCCCCUGUUGGUCCAGCAGUGGGCAGCAGACUGCCAGCAGCCCUGAAACAAACUCAUCAACAUCCAGCCAUGUCCUCUGGAGAGAGAGGCUGCUGGUGGGAGCAGGAACAUCUCCAGAAUCCUCAGAGUCUGAUUCUAUCCUGAGGAUAAUCUCCCCUCCUUCCUCUGACUCUGGGAGAGGAGCCGACUUCUCUGGUCCUGGAAUCACAAGCUGCAGGUCCCCCAAAGAGUCUGCAAAUAGGCCUCCUGAUUCUGACUGCCUCUCCUCCACCACAAUCUCCACGGGCAGCUACAUCUCCACCGAUCCUGAGCAGAACAUAAGCACUGAUGAAUGCCCGCUGCUCAGACGGUGUGUAGAACCGGAGCGUGGAGCAGAUUCACUCCAUGUGUUCUCUCCACCCGGUCAGAGCGUCUGCUUUAAGGACAGCUCACCUGCAGACCGUCCUGCUCUUUCUGUCGGCUCUCUCUUUAAUGACAGCAGCAUCCAGCACAUCAUAGACAAAUACACACGGGAGCUGAACAUCUCCCUCAGCACUGCUGGCAGAACCACAGACAGUGAAGGCUCAUAUGUGGAGGAAUCUGGCUCUUCAGUCUCCCAGCAGUCUUUGCUUGGAGUCCCGGAGAGGAGAGGGGGGAGUGAGAGCUCCACCUCCCCUCAGUCUCUUCCCUCAGAUUGGGCAGCAGCACAGAGGAGGGGCCUGGAAUGCCACACUGCAGUCCCUCCAGUCCUGGAGCCGCUGUCAGGCGAGGAGCCGUCACCAGCUGAGGACCACGAGCAGGACUCCUUCAGACCUCUGAUUGGCCAGCUGACGGACCAGUCAUCCUGUCUCGCUGCUGACCACAUGGACUCGGCCAUGGAGCAGCUGGUAGGUCAACCAUCGGCUCACUCUUCCAUGAUUGGUCAGCUACCUGGUCCGAUCUCGACAAGCUUUGAUCACGGCGGCUGGGACUCCACUCUGAGCCGGAUGAUUGGGCGACUGUCCCAUCAGUCCAGCUCUCAUUGGCUGAGUGGUGGGCAGGACUUUUAUGCAGGUCAGCUGAUGGGCCGUGUGCCUUUGGAGCAGUCGGCCGCGUGGUCGGAGGAGGGUCCGGAGGGGAGUGGAAUGAGGCCGCUGGUCGGGGAACUGGACGAGUCAGCAGGCCGGCAGGGAGCCAGCUCAGAUGAACGAACCCACGCUGAUCUUGGUGUCUCAACUGACGCCAGUGUGCCGCCGUCUUACCCAGUGUUUCCUCCUGAAGCCUGGCCCCACAGCGCCUCUCCCCCAGGUGUGAGUCCUCUGCAGCAGACCCUGCUCAUACAGGCAGCAUCACCACCAGACCGGGGUCCAGAGAGGACUGAAGACUCAUUCCACCCGCUACUGGCGGAGGUCCUCCACAACGAAACAGCAGACCCCUCCAUGACCUUUCACCUGCCUGACCACCAUGUGCCUAGCUGUACUGAAGGACGGCCACACAGCAGGGGGGAGGAGUCUGAAGCCAGCUCUGAUCCUUCUGUUGAGUCUGAGCCGUCCCCUGAGCACCUCCGAGCAGAGCAGCCGGCCAGCUGCAGGGCCGCCCCCCCCCUGCAUGGAUCCUUCUCUCAGCUCAUCACUUCCCAGUGCCACCCCCGUGAAUCUGAGGAGGAGCUGACUGCUUUAGCCAUUUGUGAUGAUUCACUUACUGUGGGUGAAGCAGAUAAAGAAAGAAACUCCAUUUCUGUUAGGGGUGGAGUCCCACUCCGUGACCUCUCUGAAGGGAUAUUGGAAGCUGCCAGAGAGAAGGGCAUCCUGGAGCAGUCAGAAAUAACACUCGUGAGCCUGGCAGACACCACACUGCAGGAUCACGACACCACUGAGGAGGACCCCCAUCCAGGGGGAGGGACAGAGUGGGGGGAGGAAGGCCAGCCCACAGAGGGGUCGCGGUCCACAUUGUCACUGAAUGACCCUCCAGAGGACAACAACCAAACACACCCAGACUCUCAGUGUGGUCCUGGCAGGGGAGUGACGGAGGUCCAGCAGCAGAGGCUCAGAGCCCUGCAGCAGAGAUCCUCCCUCAGAGUGGAGGAGAUCAAGGCCAGAAGGGCUCUAGCCAAGGUGAAACCUGAGAUCCAAGGUCCAUCUGAAGCCAGAGAGGAGUCUAAAGGAAAAGCAUCUCCACCAGGCACCUGUAAGGCAAACAAGAAGUCCGAACCUCAACAAAAGCCUAAUGCCAAGGUGAAGGGGGGGGGCGCUGAGCUGCAUCCAACUACUGAGGAAUGUGAUAUCAUCACGCAGAAAAAGCCCCCACGUCCUCCAGUGGGGGGUCCCAGGCUGGACCUGGAUGACGAGGUGAAGGACGUCACACCAGAGCAAAGGAAACGUGAAGCUUCUGUGAUGCACAGCAGAACUCAGAGGCUGUACGAGCAGCUGGAGGAGGUGAAGCAUCAGAAAGCCCUCCGGAACAGACAGGAGGCGUAUGCAAAAAACAGACUGAAGGCCAAGGAGUUCCACAAGAAAACCUUAGAGAAACUUCGUGCCAAGAAGACUCUGUGAUGAUUUUGAAUGUAUACUUAGUUCCAUGGUGUAAAUUUAAAUUAUUUUAAAAGUAUUGUCAAUAAAGCAUUUUAAGUUA